AUGCCCGCCCGCACCGCCCCAGCCCGGGUGCCCGCGCUGGCCUCCCCGGCCAUCUCACUGCCCGAUGAUGUCCGCAGGCGGCUUAAAGAUUUGGAAAGAGAUAGUUUAACGGAAAAGGAAUGUGUGAAGGAGAAAUUGAAUCUCUUGCAUGAAUUUCUGCAAACAGACAUAAAGACUCAGUUAUGUGACUUGGAAACUAAACUACAUAAAGAAGAAUUAUCAGAGGAGGGCUACCUGGCUAAAGUCAAAUCCCUUUUAAAUAAAGAUUUGUCCUUGGAGAAUGGAGCUCAUGCUCGGGAAGUGAAUGGAUGUCUAGAAAACGGGAGCCAUACGAGUGGCAAGGAUCGCAGAGUGGGAAUGGCAGAGGCAAACAAAUCCUCCAAACCGGUUUCAAAACCUCGCCUGUCCCGAAGAAGCAAGUCAGAUGGAGAGACUAAGCCUGAAGUUUCACCUAGCCCCAGGAUCACAAGGAAAACAACCAGGCAGACCACCAUCACAUCUCAUUUUGCAAGGGGCCCUGCCAAACGGAAACCUGAGGAAGAGCCUGAAAAAGCAAAACCAGAAGAUUCUGUUGAUGAAGAAGAAAAAGACCAGGAUGAAAAGAGACGUAGAGUUACCUCCAAAGAACUAGUUGCUAGACCUCUCCCUGCAGAAGAGCUGGAAAGAGUAAAACCAGGAACUCAUACCGAAAAGGAGGAAGAAAGAGAUGAAAAAGAAGAAAAGAGACUCAGAAGUCAAACCAAAGACCUAACACCCAAACAGAAACCUAAGGAGGAGCUGGACAGAGAAGCAGUACCAGGAAUUCACGCUGAAAGGGAUGAAGAAGGAGAUGAGAAAGAUGAAAAGAGGCAUAGAAGUCAACCCAAAGAUCUGGCUGCUAAACGAAGGCCUGAAGAAAAGGGACCUGAAAGAGUAAAACCACAGAUUUCUGAUGAAAGAGAUGAGGAUGAAAAGGAGGAGAAGAGACGCAGAACCACAUCCAAAGAACUAAUUGAGAAAAAAGUAGCUCGAACCAAAACAGUAGUGUCCUCCAAGACCCAUCCUCCAAAGUGCGUGCAGUGCGGGCAGUACUUGGACGACCCUGACCUCAAGUAUGAGCAGCAUCCCCUCGAUGCAGUGGACGAGCCACAGAUGUUGACAAAUGAGAAACUGUCCAUCUUCGAUGCCAAUGAAUCUGGCUUUGAGAGCUACGAGGCUCUUCCCCAACACAAGCUGACGUGCUUCAGUGUGUAUUGUAAGCAUGGUCACCUGUGCCCGAUUGACACCGGCCUCAUUGAGAAGAAUGUCGAGCUCUCCUUUUCUGGCUCAGCAAAACCAAUAUAUGAUGAUGACCCUUCUCUCGAAGGUGGUGUGAAUGGCAAAAAUCUUGGCCCCAUAAAUGAGUGGUGGAUCACUGGCUUUGAUGGAGGAGAAAAGGCCCUUAUUGGCUUCAGCACCUCAUUUGCCGAAUAUAUCCUGAUGGACCCCAGUCCAGAGUACGCUCCAAUAUUUGGGCUGAUGCAAGAGAAGAUCUACAUAAGUAAGAUAGUCGUCGAGUUUCUGCAGAAUAAUCCAGACUCGACCUAUGAAGACUUGAUCAAUAAGAUUGAGACCACUGUUCCUCCUUCUGGUCUCAACCUGAAUCGGUUCACGGAGGACUCUCUCCUUCGACACGCCCAGUUUGUGGUGGAACAAGUAGAGAGUUAUGAUGAAGCUGGGGACAGUGAUGAGCAGCCAAUCUUCCUGACCCCCUGCAUGAGAGACCUGAUCAAGUUGGCUGGAGUCACCCUUGGACAGAGGCGAGCUGAAAGACGUCAGACCAUCAGGCAUUCUGCCAAGGAGAAGGAUAAGGGACCCACCAAAGCCACCACCACCAAGCUGGUCUGCCAGAUCUUUGACACUUUCUUCCCAGAGCAAAUUGAGAAAGAUGACAGAGAAGACAAGGAGAAUGCCUUUAAACGCCGACGAUGUGGCGUCUGUGAGGUUUGUCAACAGCCUGAGUGUGGAAAGUGUAAAGCCUGUAAGGACAUGGUUAAGUUUGGUGGUAGUGGACGGAGCAAACAGGCCUGCCAAGAGAGGAGGUGUCCCAAUAUGGCCAUGAAGGAGGCAGAUGAUGAUGAAGAAGUGGAUGACAAUAUCCCAGAGAUGCCAUCACCCAAAAAAAUGCACCAGGGGAAGAAAAAGAAACAGAACAAGAAUAGGAUCUCUUGGAUUGGAGAAGCCGUCAAGACUGAUGGGAAGAAGAGUUACUAUAAGAAGGUAUGCAUUGAUUCGGAAACCCUGGAAGUGGGGGACUGUGUCUCUGUUAGUCCCGAUGAUUCCUCAAAACCGCUGUAUUUAGCAAGGGUCACGGCCUUGUGGGAGGACAGCAGCAAUGGACAGAUGUUUCACGCCCACUGGUUCUGCGCUGGAACGGAUACAGUCCUGGGGGCAACGUCGGACCCUCUUGAGCUGUUCCUGGUAGAUGAAUGCGAGGACAUGCAGCUUUCUUACAUUCACAGCAAAGUGAAGGUCGUUUAUAAAGCACCAUCGGAAAACUGGGCUUUGGAGGGAGGCAUGGAUCCCGAGCCCAUGAUGGCAGAGGACGAUGGGAAAACCUAUUUCUACCAGUUCUGGUAUGAUCAAGACUAUGCAAGGUUCGAGUCCCCUCCAAAAACUCAGCCAACAGAGGACAACAAGUACAAGUUCUGCGCAAGCUGUGCCCGUUUGGUUGAAAUGCGGCAAAAAGAAAUCCCCAGGGUCACAGAGCAGCUCGAGGACCUGGACGGCCGGGUCCUCUACAGUUCAGCCACCAAGAACGGCAUUCAGUACCGGGUGGGAGAUGGUGUGUACCUCCCGCCCGAGGCCUUCACGUUCAACAUCAAGCUGUCCAGCCCGGUGAAACGCCCCCGGAAGGAGCCUGUUGACGAAGACCUGUACCCAGAACACUACCGGAAAUACUCUGACUACAUCAAAGGCAGCAACCUGGACGCCCCUGAGCCGUACCGAAUUGGGCGGAUAAAAGAGAUCUUCUGUACCAAAAAGAGCAAUGGGCGGCCCAACGAGGCGGACAUCAAGAUCAGGCUCAACAAGUUUUACAGGCCAGAAAACACUCACAAGUCCACCCCAGCAAGUUACCACGCAGACAUCAACCUGCUUUACUGGAGUGAUGAGGAGACCGUGGUGGACUUCAAAGACGUGCAGGGCCGCUGCACUGUGGAGUACGGGGAGGACCUGCCUGAGUGUGUCCAGGACUACUCGGCGGGAGGCCCAGACCGCUUCUACUUCCUCGAGGCCUACAAUGCAAAAAGCAAAAGCUUUGAGGACCCUCCAAACCAUGCCCGGAGCCCCGGAAAUAAAGGGAAGGGGAAGGGAAAAGGGAAAGGCAAGGCAAAGUCUCAGACAUGUGAGCCGAGGGAGCCACAGCUGGAGGUCAGGCUGCCCAAGCUCCGCACCCUGGACGUGUUUUCCGGCUGUGGAGGGCUGUCGGAAGGAUUCCAUCAAGCAGGCAUCUCCAAAACACUGUGGGCCAUUGAAAUGUGGGACCCCGCCGCCCAGGCAUUCCGGCUGAACAACCCUGGGUCCACAGUGUUCACGGAAGACUGCAACGUCCUGCUGAAACUGGUCAUGGCCGGGGAGGAGACCAACUCCCGUGGCCAGAGACUGCCUCAGAAGGGAGAUGUGGAGAUGCUGUGUGGUGGGCCGCCCUGCCAAGGGUUUAGUGGCAUGAACCGCUUCAACUCUCGCACCUACUCCAAGUUCAAAAAUUCCCUGGUGGUCUCCUUCCUCAGCUACUGUGACUACUACCGACCCCGCUUCUUCCUCCUGGAGAAUGUCAGGAACUUUGUCUCCUUCAAGCGCUCCAUGGUCCUAAAGCUGACCCUCCGGUGUCUGGUCCGCAUGGGCUAUCAGUGCACGUUUGGCGUGUUGCAGGCUGGCCAGUAUGGCGUGGCCCAGACACGGAGGCGGGCCAUCAUCUUGGCUGCAGCCCCUGGAGAGAAUCUCCCUCUGUUCCCGGAGCCACUGCACGUGUUUGCACCCCGGGCCUGCCAGCUGAGCGUUGUGGUGGAUGACAAGAAGUUUGUCAGCAACAUAACAAGGUUAAGCUCGGGACCGUUCCGAACCAUCACAGUGCGGGACACCAUGUCGGACCUCCCUGAGGUCCGCAAUGGUGCGUCGGCGCUGGAGAUCGCAUACAACGGGGAGCCUCAGUCCUGGUUCCAGAGGCAGCUCCGAGGCACGCAGUACCAGCCCAUCCUCAGAGACCACAUUUGUAAGGACAUGAGUGCACUGGUGGCUGCCCGGAUGCGGCACAUCCCUCUGGCCCCAGGCUCAGACUGGCGUGACCUGCCCAACAUCGAGGUGCGGCUUUCUGACGGCACCAUGGCCAGGAAGCUACGGUACACCCACCAUGACAGGAAGAAUGGUCGCAGCAGCGCCGGGGCCCUCCGUGGGGUCUGCUCCUGUGUGGAAGCGGGCAAAGCCUGUGACCCCGCAGCCCGACAGUUCAACACCCUCAUCCCUUGGUGCUUGCCCCACACCGGGAACAGGCACAACCACUGGGCAGGCUUGUACGGACGGCUCGAGUGGGAUGGCUUCUUCAGCACGACUGUCACCAACCCCGAGCCCAUGGGCAAGCAGGGCCGUGUGCUCCACCCAGAGCAGCACCGUGUGGUGAGCGUGCGGGAGUGUGCCCGCUCCCAGGGCUUCCCGGACACCUACCGGCUGUUUGGCAACAUCCUGGACAAGCAUCGGCAGGUCGGUAAUGCUGUGCCACCACCCCUGGCCAAGGCCAUUGGCUUGGAGAUCAAGCUCUGUGUGUUGGCCAAAGCUAGAGAGAGUGCCUCAGCUAAAAUAAAGGAGGAGAAGGCUACCGAGGACUAG